CCUGUGGAGAUGCAUAAACGCUUUUAAUAUUACGCGCAUUCAUAAUUAUCGAACCAUGAAAGAAUAAUUCAUACAGAAACUGAGUCUAAGCAUGUCAGUCCAAGGGUAUACCUAUACAAUAGUAUUACUUUGGUGUGUAUGAACUGGCUUUUUUAUAUUUAAAAUUAUUGACUUAUAAAAGACAAUGAGAGUGUUUUUUAAACUUUUAUUAAACGCAAACUAUUUAACAUGAGAUGACAUAAAAAUUUAUAGUUUCUGUUCCAACGUACUGGAUAAUGAUUAGUUAUUUCGUGUUUCUCCUUCUCCCUCAGCUAUACUUGCUCCAGUUAGUAAAACUACCGGAUACGACUCAAAAUGGUGCCAAAAGGUUUACCUUGCAAGAUUUGUUAGGCAAUCAACAACUACAACAGCAACAAGAGCAACCAAAAACACAAACUGUUGAUCUUGGCACAUUAAUUGCAGCCGCCAGAAACGCUGCAAUAAACCAGCAACAGCAAACCCAAACACAAGAGGUCUUAUUACCAUCACCAAAUUUAAUGCAGCAGUUUUCACCUAAUCCGAAUAACAAUAAAGAAAUAGACAUUGAUGUUCAGCCUGAUAAAAAUGGUAAUAUAAAUUUAGACGAUUUGCAAGGCAUGCUUAGUAGCCCCUCUGGAAGUCUUAGCAGCCCUUCGACAAAUAAAAAUAAUGCUAUUGAAAAAACUCAAAUCUCAGCUUCUACUGAAGGAAGUAUGAUAAAUGACUUAAUUGCACAACCGCAAGGUUCUUCUUUAGAAAACCACAUUGUGCAUGAAGAACUUGAUCUGGGAAAACAAAAAAUUGAAUUAGAAGCUGCAGGAAAAAGAACUACUCACUAUACAUUAGCUCGAAGCAAAGAUGGUGGUCUAAACUUAAUACCAAUUGUUGAAGGUGGUAGUGGAAAGUUAGAAAUGUUACAAUCCAAAGGUUACGAAGAACAAGGCAAAAGUAGACAACAGAUGCAACUGACCACUCUUUCCCAAGCAUUAUAUAGUCCCUUCCCAUCCGAUCAAAAUAUCUUACAUCUCCAUUUAAAAGGAAAGGAUGGUAAAGACGGUAAACCGGGAAAUAAAGGUCCCAUGGGUCCGAUGGGUCCAAGAGGGCCUGAAGGUUCACGUGGCCCUAAAGGAGAUGCUGGAACAUGUUCUUCACAGAUAAAUGGCUUGUUUGAGUGCACGCCUGACGAACUCGACAGUUUGUCCAACAGAAUUGAUUAUUUGGAAAAGAUAUGUAAAAAGAAAGCUCCGCCACCUCCAUUUAGGCCAAUUGGCGUACCGGGAACUGAAGGAAAUCCACUUCCAAGCUGUCAGGCAAUUUAUGAGAAAAAUCCUAAUGCCAAAUCUGGGCCCUAUUGGUUAAUGGUUAGUGGGAUUCGCUUCAAGACUUACUGUGACUUUGAUGGUCAUCGUGGUUGGACUCUAGUUGCCCGAGUCAACGGCACAAGCAACGACUUUAACGGCGUUUCAAACGCUUGGGCAGACAACAGUGUUUUUAAUCACGAGACAUCUUCAGAUAUAUAUUUAAGAUCUGCAAUGAAAAAUCAUGGCUGGUUUCUUAUGAGAGCAAACGUAAUAAAAGUCUGUUUUGACGGAGCACAAAAAGAUUGUGCAGAAUUUUCUCACAACAUGGGAAUGCGUUUGAACGAACUUUUUUCUCAAGAGUUUGGUGUCGUUGUUGAACAAAAAUGGAAGUUUGACGACCUUCUUAGAGCUAUAGGUAAAAGUUGUGAUACUUCUAAGAUUAAAAGGCAAUGGUGUGGACUAAAUUUAGCUAAUAUUUGUCAUCCGGAAGACAUGAAUCCAAAUUUAAAUCCAACUAAUCAUAUAGUUAGAAUAGGUUGCAUUGGAGCUGCAUCGUUUACAUGUACGCCUGCAGACUACGCAAUAGGACUCGGUGUAUCUAGUUGUUACGAUGGAUACGGUUGCGAUAGAGUUGGUCCGAAAACACCUAGUAUGCAUUGGAGUUGUCCACCAUUCUAUGGGACUUUCGAUCAGACCGGAUUUAUUUAUAUCAAUUAAUUUUGCAUUAAGUUUUAUUUUCAGCCAUAAAAAUACCGGUCGUUGCUUGUGCUUAACUUGGGCUGCUAGAGAUCUGCUAUUUUUAUUUCUAUUUUAAUAUUGAAUUUAUUAUCUAGACUUGGUGUGAGUUUUUUAAAGGAGGUGGCAGUGGUGAUGAUGAACGCCCUGCACUUGCCGGUGGAUGGACUCUGGUAGCCCGAGUCAAAGGUCAAGCUACUGAC